UGUGAAUUUGUUGACGUGUGGCUUUGUCGGAGCGCGAGUGAGCGGCAGAUGGAAUGUGAACGUCACAUAGCGCUGAUUUCGGAGGCGGCUCUGUGAUCGAAUACAGCUCGGAGCACGAGAUAACUUAGACAUCUGUGAGCCAUGGCUGCAGACUGGGACGAAAUCAGGCGGCUGGCAGCCGACUUCCAGAGAGCGCAGUUCGCAAGCACCGUACAGAGGUUGUCUGAACGAAAUUGUAUUGAAAUUGUUGCUAAGUUGAUAGCGGAGAAACAGCUGGAUGUGGUGCACACACUGGAUGGUAAAGAGUAUAUCACUCCUGCUCAAAUUGCCAGAGAGAUACGGGAUGAGCUAUAUGUUAAUGGAGGCAGGAUAAAUAUUGUGGAUCUGCAGAGUAUUCUCAAUGUAGAUCUAACUCACAUUGAGAGCAAAGCAAGUGACAUUGCCAAAUCAGACAGAAGCAUCCAGCUUGUCUUGGGCCAGCUGAUUGAUGAAACCUACCUGGAUCAGAUGGCUGAAGAGGUAAAUGACCGACUGCAGGAAGCUGGGCAGGUGACUGUAGCAGAGCUUUGUAAGUUGUAUGACCUUCCAGCUGACUUUCUAACAGCGGUAUUGUCACAGCGCUUGGGCAGAAUUAUAAACGGACAGAUGGACACCUAUGACCGAGGAGUCAUCUUUACUGAUGCUUUUGUUGCCCAACAUAAGGCACGGAUUCGUGGGCUUUUCAGUGCAAUAACCAGGCCAACACCAAUAAGCUCUUUGAUAACUCAGUAUAAAUUUCAGGAACAUCUUCUUUACUCUUUUCUUGAAGAGUUUAUAACCAGUGGCCGUUUGAAUGGAGCAGUGAUUGGCGGCAGACAGGAUAAGGCUGUUUAUAUUCCUGACAUCUAUUCGAGAACACAAAAUAACUGGGUGGAUUCUUUUUUCAAACAAAACGGCUAUUUGGAAUUUGACACUUUGUACAGACUGGGAAUCCCAGACCCUAUGAAUUACAUAAAGAAGCGAUACAAAUCCGCAUCGAUAACCACCUUGAAGGCUGUUUGUGUUGGACGUACAAUUGUAGAUCAGGUGGAAGCUUCAGUAGAGGAGGCUAUCCGAUCAGGCACCUGGGUGGAUAUACAGCCCCUGUUGCCCAGUUCAUUCUCUGUGGAAGAUGCCUCCAUUUUGCUCCAGCAAAUGAUGAGGACAAUGCAAAACCAUUCUGCUUCCAGGAUUUUUGGGGACACUAUCAUAGUCAGUGAGCAGUUCAUUGGCAGCUGUGCAUCUCUCUUUGAGCAGAUGAUGCAACACAAGGCUGAAAAGGAGGUACAGAACAACCAUGCCCAUGUGUUGACAGAGGAGGACCUGAAGCAGGCUGCAAUUAUUGCUGAAAGUAUGAUUUCAGUUAAAAAGGACAAGCGAGAGGACAAGAAGAAGAAAGCAUCAGAUGGCACUGGAAGUAUCCGAGCAGGAGGUGGUGGUAAUGCUCGAGAAAUCAAGACCAAAAAAACGAAGAAGAAGGGAAAGAGAGAUGAGGAUAGUGACGAAGAGACAUCAGCUACAAGCAAACACAAACAAAAGGAGAUGCUUUUCAUGGCACAAGAAGAAAUUGAAGGUAUUUUGAGGAAUCAUCUUCAAGACUGUCCAGCGGAACUGAUAAGUGAACUUGCAGAACAUUUGACCAGACCUUUGAAUAAAAGCUAUCAAGAGGUAUUGCAUUCCGUGUUCUUGUCCACCGCCACCUCUGCCUCAGGAGCCAGUAGGAAAAAGACUGUAAAAGAGCUGCAGGAGGAGGUUUCGAACUUUCAUAACAACAUAAGAUUGUUUGAGAAAGGAGCCAAACUCUUUCCAGAUGACACACACAGUCAACUAGGAAAACAUUUAAUGAAGACAAUGUGCACCGAUAUUUCCAACCUUCUUUUCAACUUUUUGGCUGGAGAUUUAAUGAUGGCAGUGGAAACCUACACUACAAUAACCCCUGAGCUUAGAUUGAAAAUCUUGGCAAAACUACCUGAGGAAACCAGAGGUCCUCUCACGAAGCUCCAUAAUGUGCUGAAUGGCAAAAGUAUAGAGGAGUUCCUUACCAUAUUGGAUGGUGUGGCAGAAAUCUGUGGAAUUAUGCUCAAAAAGGGAGAUAAAAAGAAAGAAAGGCAAGUCAUUUUCCAGCACAGACAGGCAUUACUUGAACAAGUUAGGGGCACUGAGGACCCGGCACUAGUUUUGCAUCUGACAUCAGUUCUGCUGUUCCAGUUGUCGACACACAACAUGCUUCACGCACCUGGCAGAUGUGUACCACAGAUUAUUUCUUUCCUUGCCACCAAGAUUCCUGAGGAUCAGUACAAACUCCUGUUGAAGUACCAAGGUCUAGUAGUGAAACAACUGGUGGGUCAGCACAGAAAAGCAGGCCAAGGUGAUGAUGACCCUGGCGAAUGCAACAGCAUUGAGAAGGAGGGUGAAUAUGACAUAGAGACAGUUCGAAAGGAGCUGCAAGAACUCACACCAUUCGUCAAAGACCUUGUACUGAAACCCAGAAAAACCUCCCUGACAGAAGAGUGAAAUGCCAGUUGAACUGGGACGUUAUGGGAUGGCCCACACUUACAAAGCAAUGAAUGCAUUAAAUGUUGUAAUUACAUACUUUAAAAAUUCAAACUGUAUCUGAAACACCAUGAACUGCUGAGCUGUAUUAAAUCUUAUUCGUUAAACUAUAUAACAAGAGUGACAGUGAUUAAUUUUAAUAAAAUUUUUGGAACUACCA